GGACGGCCCAUUGAGCAGCGAGUAGAACCAGACGCCCGCUCCCUUUCAAAUUUGAAAAAUUGAUGAAAAAGCAAUCAUUUCAAAACCCUUCAAUUCUCUUCUCCUCACAAAUCUAUAUACACGUAUGAAUAGAGUAUAUUGAUUUCAAUUAUGGCAUACAAUCGGCGAUCGAUUAGUCAGUCACCUUCGAUGGAUUCGCAAUGCUAUCAUUCUCCGACUAUCUCUUUCUCAACCAACGAAGACAAUAGAGUGGGUUAUCCAGACCCGGCAUUUGGGCGCUCUUACGGGCACUUUGGAAGCCCAAUGGAUGCGCGUGAGGCGUUUCUCAUAGAGAUUGAAAAGGAAAGCACCCGAGAGAAAAUUAUAGCAGAUGAGAUUGCAAGAGCAAGGUAUGCUGAAGCCCGGAAGGAGGAAGAAUGGGCACUGCAAAGGGAUGGGAGGUAUGACCAAAGGUUUCCCCUUCUGGAUCAACAUCCCCAUGAUAGGUCACCAAUUGGCCAGCGAUCAUUCGUGGGGACCUCUGGGGCUGGAUUUGCCACAAGAAAUGAACACAGACAGCUUGAGGUGUCUCCUUAUAUGGAAGGGAGAGCUGAAUCAAGGAGUUCAGAGAUGUCUUUUGUGGACCGUAGGGUCGAAUCUCGAAUUUCGGACCGAAGACACCCAUAUGACUCUCUGAGAAACUGAGUAGGGAGCUGAGGAUUUCCAAGGAAGUAACAGAUUUCAAGAACCCAUUUGAAUUUUAGCAUUCAUGAUUCAUGAAGUAUAUACUCUGGUAUGACUUAUUGAGUGUAUAAGCAUUUCAAAUUUGUCAAUGGAUGGCGCUCCCUUUUAGUUUUGCUAUGUAUGUGGUGGUAUCCUUUCAUGAAUUUAAUGAAUUAUGUGGCAAUGCACUGUGUCACUGUACUUGUCACAUUCCAUAGGUUACAUAUCUAGAAAGUAUGCCUAGAUUAAGAUUUUUGAACUAAGAGAUAUUCAAUUAAGUAGUGCUGAUGAAGCUAGUCUAUGGUCUGUAAAUGCCAUACUUCUAAUGCACCUGUGAUGCCAACUAUUACAGUUGCAAUUAUUUUUCGUUAACCUGUUUUGUUGGUUAAGAAGUAUCAAUUGAUGUUUCUCUCAGUUUCUGUAACCAACUCUCAUUGUCC